AUGCACUCUACCGAUGUGUUCAUAAGCCAUGCUGGCCCGGACAAGCUACACAUCGCACGUCCCCUUUUCGAGAAAUUGCAAGCUCAUGGUUUAAAUUGCUUCCUCGACAAAAUCUCGAUGGAGCCCGGGGACUGCGGAGGGGAUGAAAUGACGAAGGCUAUGGAGUCUGCGAAGGUCGGUGUUUUCAUACUUUCUCCCGAGUUUGCGGCUCGAAAGUGGACGAUGAGGGAACUGCGUUGCUUCCUACGCCGACGGAAUGAGGCGAUAGGGAGUGGGAUGCGACCACCGACACUGAUUCCGGUGUUUUACAGACUAAGUAUUCGUGAAUGCAGAGAGUUGGAUCCAAAUGAUGAUGAAAGAAAGAAUAUGUUUGAAGUUGAGAAGUUUUUUAGCGACGAACGACAGCGCGAAGCGAGCACGGAUAUGGUGAAGAGGGAGCUACAAGAGCUGGCAGGUAUCACUGGGAUUGAAAAUGACGAAAGGGCAACAAACCUGCCGGGAGAUGCAUUCGGCCAUCUUGCAAGGGCAAAUCUUGUUGAGCGAGUGUUUCUGUGGGUGAAAAAGAAAAGUGAGGAGGACUCAAGUGAUGAAGUGAGAGAAGUUUUGAAUGCAAGUGGAUGUACGCAUGAUGUGUUCAGGCCCUGUAUACUCGCAGAGCACAAUCCCGAAGAAAUAUAUUUGCAACUGAAUUCUCGGGGGAUCGAUGGAUCACCGAAUACGUGUGAGGCGCGGCUAAAGGAGGCCGUGCUAAGUACCGAUAGGAAUACAAGUAUAGGAGCGACGGCAACGGGGAAGGGCGGAGUCGGGAAGACAUGCGCUCUUCGAGCGAUUGCGCACGACGAUGACAUCAAGGCUCAGUUUUCAGGCGGAGUGUACUUCAUGUCUUUGGGGAAAGACGCCAACGUAGGGCGGCUGAUUGAGCAACUGUGUAUGGCCGCAAAGGCGUCUGGUGGCAAGCAGGUGGCUGCAGAAAUGCGAGAGCAAAGCGAGUUGAGCAGGGUACUGACAGAGAUGCGAGCAUGGUUCAACACACGUGUAUGCCUGUUCAUUAUUGAUGAUGUGUGGGCCGUGAAUGGUAUAGAUGCGUGUAUUCUUCAGAAGUUGUCCACUCUCGCUGCCGCCACAGGAGACAUCCGAGAGAGGAGCAGACUUCUGUACUCCACGAGGGACCCAGAGCUGAAACAGGUCGGUAAGCGAGUGACUUUCGAGCCGAGGGAAAGGGAAGGGAGCGAUUCAGUUCACAUGCUCAUGCUCGCGAGCGGGGCGAACCCGGAGGAAGCGAAUGAUCCGAGAUGCAAAGAGGCUGUGAGGGAAAUAUUGAAAUUGUGUGCUGGUUUGCCGCUGGCUCUGAACGUAGCCGGGACGGGUGUCAGGUACAUGAGAGAUAGAUGGGAGGGAGAAAAGUCACAAGCGUGGGAGGCAUACCUUUCGAAGAUGAAGAGCCGCAACACGAUUCGUAGUGAGAGUCCAGGGGAUGGGUAUUUGUUGUCGUUAGACGCGACAUUACAUGCGUCACUAGAGAUUGUGGAGUCCGGCAUGGGGAGCGAUGCGGAGAGGUUAGGUCAGUUUUCGUUUCGAAAGAUACAUCGGAGUCUGUGUGUUAUGAAGAAGCAAGACGGGAUGCCUUUGUCGUUGGUAAGAGAGUUGUGGGAGAUGGACUACGAAUCGGCUGAAAAGUACGCGAUUCAGAUGGAAAGGGUUGGAUUAGUAGACCUUCAUUACGACAAGGAUUGUGGGUGGGUACGGAUGCAUGAUCUGACGCACGAUUUUGCGGUGCAGGAGGCGCAGAAGGAAGAAAGUGUAACGGUUUGGUAUAAGAAGUUGGCAGAUGUAUGCAAGCAGGGAAGAGGACUGCUUGCUAUAACUGAGAGCGAGGGCAGAGAGAGCAAGGAUGCAAGAGAGAAGUAUGUUUUCGAGAAUAUAUAUCGCGUUCUGAAACAGGGCGGGUGUGUGGAGGAGCUGAAGAAUCUAUUUUUGAGAGCGCGAUGGGUGAAGGCAGUGAUACAGAGAGGAAGUGUGUGGCAAUACGAGGAAGCUGUAAAGGAUCUCAAUAGCGUUUUGAGGAACACGGGAGGAAGCGAGAGCCUUUUAAGGGAUACGGGAGAAGAAGAUUCGGUGUAUGCGAUGGAAUUGAUGAUGAGAGCUGCACGACUGAGUGUACCUUUUUGUGGUGAAAGCAGUGCAGGGAUUUACUUUCAACUGUACGGAAGAAUCAAGCACAGGGCAUCAGAAUUAGGUAGCGUGCAAAGGAUACUCGAGGAAAUCGAGGAACACACGCCACGACCAUGGCUGCAGCCUGUGAGUGAAUGUGUAGGGCGAGCGGGAGGAAGUUUGGUGGAGCAUAUUGUGCUUCCGAAUACUCCGAUUACCGUUUACGAAGUCGGCAUGGACUCAACGGGUGGCGUGUAUGGACUCUAUUCGAACCCGGGCGGUACCAGGAUCACAGCUUUCGCACAGUCUCCAGACAAGGAAAUGAAGAUGACUAAAUUAGACAACGAUUUUGGAACGGGGAGCCGAGAAUUAACGUGCGGUUGUGUCAGUAUGAGCAAACGCUAUGCAGUUAUCGGAUAUAGUGAUGGGACACUACAGUUCUGGAGUGUAUCGGAAAAGAAGGUGUUGUGGAGUGUCUGCGGUCAUGAGUCGCAAGUGCGUAGCGUUGCGAUGAGUGAUGAUGGAAAACGUGCAGUAUCUGGAUCGGAAGACGGGAGCGUACGAGUUUGGGACGUGGACACGGGACUGCAAAUCGGCGACGCAUUAACUGCACACACGGAGGCGGUGUCUAGCGUUGGGAUGAGUGGUGAUGGAAAACGUGCAGUAUCUGGAUCGGAAGACGAGAGCGUACGAGUUUGGGACGUGGACACAGGACUGCAAAUCGGGGACGCAUUAACUGGACACACGGAUGGGGUGGAGAGCGUUGGGAUGAGUGGUGAUGGAAAACGUGCAGUAUCUGGAUCCUGGGACGAGAGCGUACGAGUUUGGGACGUGGACACAGGACUGCAAAUCGGCGACGCAUUAACUGGACACACGGGUGUGGUGUCUCACGUUGCGAUGAGUGGUGAUGGAAAACGUGCAGUAUCUGGAUCCCGGGACAGGAGCGUACGAGUUUGGGACGUGGACACAGGACUGCAAAUCGGCGACGCACUAACUGGACAGACGGGUCCGGUGACGAGCGUUGGGAUGAGUGGUGAUGGAAAACGUGCAGUAUCUGGAUCCUUGGACAAGAGCGUACGAGUUUGGGACGUGGACACAGGACUGCAAAUCGGCGACGCACUAACUGGACACACGGGUCUGGUGACGAGCGUUGGGAUGAGUGGUGAUGGAAAACGUGCAGUAUCUGGAUCCUGGGACAAGAGCGUACGCGUUUGGGACGUGGAGAAAGGGAGUACAGUUCAUCUCGGAAAGUUGAAGGACUGGCGAGAUAUCGUGGAGAGAUUUCUGAAUGCAGAAAACUUACGUGCCGUCUCUCGCACUGGACAUAGGCACAAAAGGCUCAAAGUUUUUGAGAGCGGGGGGAAUAUUGUGCAUGAGCGAGAGAAUGGCUCUGAGGCUGUUUUGGCGCAGCUGGAGAUUCCGGUAAAUCGGUGGGAGGUAGACGAUAAUCAUGGGGUCUUUGUUGCAGCGGCCGGCAACCGGGUGGCUAUUAUGAAGCUAGUGGUCUAGGUGUGUAUAGGUCUAGGUGUGUAUACUCUACUUCCCUUGUCCUCUCGGCCAGACACAGACGUUUCUAUUGUACGGUACGUGGUGGCACCUGUGGUGGGGAUAGCCUGUUUGGUUUUUUUACAUGUAAAGUCUUGAGAAUUCCGGUUUAUUGACCGCGUCGUCUGGAA